AUGCCAGCUCUUAAUGCUCCAUCUGUUCCAGAGUCUGAGUCUGUGCGCCCUUUGCCUACCCUGCUGAUUCCUGAGACUGUGUCAUCAGGUUCCUCUAGUCUCUAUACCCACAACUCUCUUUCAGUCAGUCCGGCACUCUCCGCAGUUUCAUUACCAUCCCAGCUAGGGAAACACCAACGUCUAAAUCAAUCUGGUUUGUUCCGCUCUGUUUCUGGCUCGCUUCCACCUCUUUCCCCAGUUGUGCUGGGACAAAGUCUCUAUGGUUUUAGUGACCAACCUUGGUCAGCUUUGGACCAAGCUGAUUGGGAGAUUGGCCUUGCAAGGCUCACUGAAAGUGCUGGUUUACCAUUGCAAUGGGUUGAGAAUUACAAAUGGAAAGUUUUAUGUGAUCACUUCCUUCCUCGAGCAAAAAUACCUUUGGCAAAAGUCCUUAGACAACAUGUCAUGCCGCAAACCCUCAACACACUUAAGACUAUUGCUAAAGAUGAAUGCCGAGGUGCCAAUGCAACCUUGCAGUGCGAUGGCUGGACAGCCCUCGCAUCAUACCCUUACCCCGACCUUACCCUUGUCAUCCUCGUCAUCCUCGCAUUCCCUUUCGCCCUCUACCUGUCGCUUCAGCAAAGCCAGUACAUUUGGCCGGAUCCUUUCGCUGACGAAGCAUACCCAUGCUCCGUUUCACCACCUGACUGAUCCUGCGGACAGUCCCCUUGCCCUUACCGUCUGGACGGUAACCUAUGACACGAUGCAUGACGCAUCCCCUUUGCCCUAUUUUCCUUUCUUGAUCUCUG